AUGAAUCUAGAGAUUUGUCGAGUUUGUUUGUCCGCGGUCGAUGUUUUGUUUAACGUUCACGAUCCGCUGGACAAGGACCAAACAAUGUACACAGUACUGUGCAGGAUCUUUCCGGAGGCAUUCGGCGAUGAAACUGACCUCAACGAAUGGCCGAGCAAACUGUGUAAGAAGUGCAAACGAAAAGUUUUGAAUACGCACAGUUUCUACAAUCUUUGUAUGGCCAGCCAUAUAUGGUGGAACGAGCAGUUUGCUGAGGUGUCAGCAGUCUGUGAAACCUCUGCCGAGUGCAGUAUUGGCUUGGUGCAGGAAGUGUCGCCACAUGCAGAACCGUCGCCAUGUUUGUUGCCGCAAUCCGCCGAAAGCCUUAACUUCGAUGCCCCAAUGUAUGAGGAUUGGGCCAGUGAAUUAGAACCGGAGGAGACAGAAACGCAGGAGGAGAUCAUCCCGGUCGGAACAAUCGACGAAAUACUAGUUUACGAAGAAGACACCUCUGGUAGCGGCAAAGAAAAUACCCAAGCGAAUACGGCACUGGCAGAAUCGUUACCCCAUCUAUGCACAUUUUGUGAAGAGGUAUCGUUUGCAUCGGUAGACGCUUUAACAAACCAUUUGUUAGAGUUGCAUAGAGAAAGUGUUCAGCACUGCGAACCAUGUUCGGUGUUGUUCUUAGAUAGGAAGAAGUACCAAGUCCACCAGAAAUCUCACGAUUUGGGACAUACCUUCUUUUGUGGAACCUUUACAGCAGCGCACCAUCUUAAACGCCACAUGGUCGUCCACACUGGGGAACGGUCGUAUAAGUGCGGAUUCUGUGGCAAGCAGUUCGCGCAAGGCAGCGUGCUGGUAAAGCAUACUCGGACACACAUCGGCGAAAACGUUUUCCCGUGCGUCCAUUGCGACGCUUCCUUCCCGUUGCUGCGGGAUUUAAGGAACCACUACAAAGAACACCCCCAAUCGGGAGAUGGGACAAUCACAGAUUCUUCAGUGGCCGGUGACGGCCUCGGACCGCUGAUUCGAUUCAACACUAAAGAUGCACUGAACAUUCGGUACCGUAAGGAUGGCAUAAAUAUCACAAAUUAA